CAACAAAUGCAUUAUUACUAUCUGAAAAUUAUAACUAUUUACAUAAUCAAUUAAUUCGUCUUGAACUGUUAUCAACUAUGCUUAGUAGACUUCUACAAUAUUUUGAUGAUAAUAAUGAUGAUAAUAUUUAUUUAUUAAUUAUUAGAAAUUUAACAACCACAUUGCAUCUAAUUGAGCAGUUAGUGGAAAAAAUCUCCAAUGUUGAUGAUGAACAAUAUUUUUCUUUAAAAGAUUUUGUGACUAACUCAGAAACUGAUGGAAAAUGA